AUGCCUACACUGGAAGAAUCAAUGGCCUCGGCACUGAAACGCCGAGCACUGAAAUCCUCGCUCCGAAAUCUAUCGUUACCAUCUACCAUACAAACUACAUCUGGUGUUACACCAAUCGACUUCUCAUCUAACGAUUUUCUCUCGCUCUCAACAUCCACACUUCUACAUAAUGAAUAUCUUUCACUUCUCCGAUCUCAUUUAUCACCUUCAACAUGCGUGGUGUCAUCACCAGUUUCAAAAUCAAACCCGCCAACUUUAGGUAGUACAGGUUCCCGUCUUCUAACCGGCAAUUCUCCCCUCGCACUUGAUCUUGAAUCUCAAAUUUCUGCAUUUCAUCGCUCUCCGCAUAUUGGCUCUGGUGCUCUUCUUUUCAACUCAGGUUUUGAUGCUAAUUCUGCAUUUUUUGCCUGUGUUCCUCAAAAAGAAGAUGUCAUCAUCUACGAUGAACAAAUCCACGCUAGUGUGCAUGAAGGGAUGAGAGGGUCACGUUCUAGGAGAUUUAUUGCCUUUGAACAUAAUGAUGUAUGUGAUUUGCGGAGGGCCUUGGAUAGUGUAAAACGAGAAGGAGGAGAGAGAAAUGUAUUCGUGGCGGUGGAAAGUUUGUAUAGUAUGGAUGGAGAUUUAUGUCCUCUGCGCGCCGUGGUAGACACUGUCGAGAAUAUUUUUGGGUUAGGGGGGAUUACUGAAGGAGGAAGAGGAUAUAUUGUGGUAGAUGAAGCACAUUCGACUGGUGUUUAUGGACCGAACGGACGGGGACUGGUUUGUGAACUAGGACUGGAGGGAAAGAUAUUUGUGAGGUUGCAUACUUUUGGGAAGGCACUUGCGGGAAAUGGUGCUAUCAUCCUAACCACACCAUUAACGCGUCACUACCUCCUCAACUACGCACGCCCUCUCAUUUAUAGCACCUCUCUCUCCACGCCCUCUCUCCUUCUAAUCGCCGCCUCUUACUCUCUUCUUUUGUCCUCCUCCACGGCUCCCCUUCAAUCUCAUGUCCGUUCUCUCUCACAUCAUUUCACUUCUUUACUUUCCCAACUGCCUCAUUUUCUCUACCUCAGACCGCAGCACCAAAACCCCAACCCAUUCACCGAGGAUCUAAACUGGACACCCAUAUUCUCUCUUCAGACACCUGAGCCCAAGGAUCUAGCUGCUUUUUGUCAAAAAGCGGGUUAUAACGUACGGGCAAUUAUGAGUCCAACAGUCAAGAAGGGAAGUGAAAGAGUCAGGGUUUGUUUGCAUGCCGGGAAUACUUUUGAGGAGGUGGGGGGAUUGGUACAGUGUGUUAAAGAGUGGAUUGAGGUGAUGGAAAAUAAAGUGCUGGGCAAAGUGGAUGAGACUUUGGAGACCUUUUCACCGCUGAUAUCUAAUUCAGCGGCGGGUGUUCAUGAGAUCAAUAGCGCUGAUGUAGGUGCAAGUUUCAAAGGGAGGGCCUCAACAGAGAGGGCAAAGCUAUAG